CAUGGAACAUUCAUCAAUAUAGACCAUAUGAUCUGGUAUAAAACAAGUCUCAGUGUAUUUAAAAGCACGUGCCAUGCAGCAAUGUAAAAGAUCAACACAAGGAGCACUACUCAAGGAAAAGUGGCAAAUGAAGGUCCUGAAGGCUAAUUUCUCCAGUUAAGAAAUACUUGUACAAACUUCUCCAAAAGACCAGUGCAGUCUCUCUACAAAAUUUCUGACAACAGCCCCAAAGGAGAAUUGAAAGACACUGAAGUUAAGAAAAGGAGGUGUCUUGCCAUGACAGAUGCUCUCCAAAUCCUUGGUGAUGGAAUAUUUGGCUCAUCCUGGUGCACUUAGCUUGGCUGCCGGAGUUGCUUGUGGCAUGUGCCUGGGUUGGGGUCUCCGUGUACGCUUUGGGAUGACUCCCAAAAGCUCAGUGAGCAAGAUAGACACAGAGACUGGAAGUGAAGCAAGCAUCUUAGGAGAAAGUGGGGAGUACAAAAUGAUUCUUGUGGUUCGAAAUGACUUGAAGAUGGGAAAAGGGAAAGUAGCUGCCCAGUGCUCUCAUGCUGCUGUUUCUGCCUACAAGCAAAUUCAAAGAAGAAACCCUGAAUUGCUCAAACAAUGGGAAUACUGUGGCCAGCCCAAAGUGGUGGUCAAAGCCCCUGAUGAAGAAACUCUGGUUGAAUUAUUGACCCAUGCAAAAAUGCUAGGACUGACUGUAAGUUUGAUCCAAGAUGCUGGACGUACUCAAAUUGCACCUGGUUCUAGAACUGUCCUGGGAAUUGGGCCAGGACCAGCAGAUCUAAUUGACAAAGUCACUGGUCACCUAAAACUUUACUAGGUGGAAUUUUGUAUGAUGACUGUCCCACCACAAUGUGUUUUGAAACUGUCAAAUUCUAACAAUAAAACAAAUUCUCCCCCUA